AUGUUCUCCCAGAAGCUUGCCCAACAAUCGCUGCGACGGCUUGCCGUCCAGCAACCGCUCGCUAUGCGGUCGUCCAUGAUGGGCGCUUCGCCUGUGGCCGUUGCCCUCAGCAAGAACAUUCAGACAAGACAAGUCACUUCAAACACCCAGGACCCCAACGAGAUCCUCGUCCAGCAGCGUCUUCGCCGUCCUGUUGCCCCUCAUCUUAGCAUCUACAGGCCCCAGAUCGGCUGGAUCGGUAGUUCCCUCCACCGUAUCACUGGUGUGGCUCUCUCCGGCACCCUCUACCUUUGGGCUACUGCCUACCUUGCCUCUCCCGCUCUCGGAUGGCACAUCGAGUCUGCCUCCAUGGUCGCUGCCAUGGGUGCCCUCCCUUUCGCGGCCAAGGUCGCCCUGAAGACUACCCUGGCCCUUCCUUUCACCUACCACUGCAUGAACGGUAUCCGCCACUUGAUGUGGGAUCUCGGCCGUGGUCUCACUAACCCUGUUAUCAUCAAGACUGGCUGGACUGUGAUUGGUCUCAGCGUUGCCAGUGCUGUUGGUCUUGCUUUGAUUUAA